GGUCCAGUCGUGUCAUAACUCAGAAGUCUGGACUGGAAAAAAAAGAUGCCUGGAUCAUGUGCAGCUUGGGGUUUUACAAACCAUCAUAGAAUUCAAACCAGAUCUUGGGGAAUCACAAGAAAAAGGCAGUGGGAAGUAGUUUUAAGAAGGGAAAGUUUUACCACUGGUGACUCCUCUGCACUUUACAGCAAGCACUUCAAGCUGGAGGCUUUUGAUAGGGUAAGUCAGACUAUCAGGAUUUAAAAUGGAGUUAAACUUUCUGUGUUCAGUUUCCUUACUCAUCUGCAAAGAAUAAGGAUUUGGAUAACACAAUCCUCAGGACUAUUCUAUGCAUUGCCUGCAUCAUCCACUGGUCUAAAGGCCAGACUCAGUGAAGCCUUGACUAGAGUAGAGAAUCUGGAGCAGAAGAUCAGGAAUGCAAAGGACCAAGAAAGGAGAGCAAAGAACAUAGUACGUGGUCUUCUGGAGGAUCUGAGGGGGAAGAACCUCUGGGCAGUGAUAGCUGGGCACCCCUGGGCAAUGGUAGCUCAAUGGUUAAGGUGCUUGACUUGCAACCAGGAGGUUACAAGCCCCAUCACUGUCAUCUUUCCACUGUUGCACCCCUAA